AUGGAUUUUUUAACUAGAUUCAAGGGCAGAACAUAAACUAUGAAUAAAGAAGGGAUUACUGGAAUAAUUAAAUCAAAUAGUAAUCCUAUAGAGAAGUUACAUGCCUUUUAGAGUUGUAGCUCAUUGCUAACUACAACUGCAACUCAUACUAUUUCUGAUUCUGAGAAAUAGUCCAUCUAUUCUAAUGAUUUUACACCAAAGAGUAAGGAUCCAAAGAUAAUCACAAAUAUUAGUGCAUUUCAUAAUAGAAAGUCUUCUUUAGCAUCUCCUCCAACUCCAAGCUCUAAUCUCAAUAUGUCAAAAUCAUAAAUAGAACUUAAUCACAAUUAAAAGUAAACCUUAUCAAAGACAGGGUCAACAAAUUUUAAUCUGAAUGAUUACUAAUUGAUUAUAAUACCAAAAGAAGCACUAUGUAAGAGAAUGAAUAUGAUAAUUAGGUUAAUAUAAAAUGGAAAAUACUGAAUAUCAUUUAUAAAGCAAAGAACCAUUGCAAUAGAUAUAAUAAAGAUAUUAUUGUUCAAAAUCUCAAUCGUUGGAUACAUAAAAAGAUAAACCUCUCAUAAAAUCUUAAAUACUAAAUUAGGGUUCUUAUUCAAAACAAAAUGAGAGGAAGAAAAGUAUGAUAUAGACAGGUUUGAACACAAUUCAAUACUGAGG